CGUUAGAAGCAGGAGCAGCAUCACCGCCUGUAAAAGGAAACAUGUCGAGCAGCUAUCAGCAGCUUGCAGAGCCAGAGAGAUCAGUGGAUCCAGAUCUCAGGAUGGUGCUUCUUGGAAAAACUGGAGCUGGAAAGAGUGCUUCAGGAAACACCAUCUUAGGAAGAAAGGAUGCUUUUAGAUCAACACUAUCUCCUAGCUCUGUAACUUCAGAGUGUCAGAAGGAAACUGGAGAGUUUGAAGGUCAAAACCUGACUGUGGUUGAUACUCCAGGUCUGUUUGAUAACGUCAACACUGACGAGGAGAUGAUGGCAGAGAUCACCAGGUCCAUCUGCUUUGCCGCUCCUGGUCCUCAUGUGUUCCUGCUUGUGAUCCCGGUGGGCAGAUUCACAAAUGAAGAACGAGACACCGUGAGGAUCCUUCAGCAGAUGUUUGGAGUCAGCUUAGCAGAUUACACGAUGGCCUUGUUCACCCGUGGAGAUGAGCUGUGUGGAGGAAACACCAUAGAAAAUUUCAUACGUGAAAAUCAAGCUCUUAGUUAUUUUAUCCAUCAGUGUAAAGGAGGAUAUCAUGUUUUUAACAACAGAGACAAGGAGCCCUUUCAGGUCAGAGAGCUGCUGGAGAAGAUCAAUGAAAUGGUUCAGAGAAACGGAGGAAACUGCUACACCAAUGACAUGUUAGAAGAGGCUGAGAGAGCAGCGAGAGAAGAAGAAGACUUCAGGAUUGUUGUUACUGGGAAAACUGGAGUUGGGAAGAGUGCAUCAGGAAACACCAUGCUCGGAGGAAAAGUCUUUAAAACAUCUUCAUGUUCACCACCUCCUCCCUCAGUGACAUCAGAGUGUCAGAAGGAGAUAGCUCAGUUUGAUUUUCAAACCCUGGCUGUAGUUGAUACUCCAGGCCUGUUUCACACUGAGUUCACCUUGGCGCAGGUGAACACAGAGAUCAACAGAUGCAUCUGCUUUGCUGCUCCUGGUCCUCACGUGUUCCUGGUUGUGAUCCAGCCAAACAGUUUCUCAGCUAAAGAACAAGAAACAGUGAAAAUCCUUCAGCUGGUGUUUGGAGAAAAUGCAGCUCGUUACACCAUGGUGUUAUUCACGCACGUAGAUGAUCUGGUGGUCUCCAUAGAAGAAUGCAUUAUUAAAACUCCAGCUCUUCGUGACCUGGUUAGUCAGUGUGGUGGAGGUUAUCAUGUUUUUAGAAACAGAGACAGGGAUCCCGCUCAGGUCAAAGAACUGCUGGAGAAGAUCAACGCCAUGGUUCAGAGAAAUGGAGGAAGAUACUUCACCAAUAACACGUUUGAAAAGGCAGAGAAAGUCAUAAUGAAAGAGAUGGAACGCCUGCAGAAAGAAAAACCAGAGAUGACAAACAAAGAAGCGAGAUACAGAGCAGAGAGAGCCAACAGGUUUGUUCAGGGGUUUCUGGCUGGUGUUGCUACAGCUGCUGCUGGCCUGGGUGUAGGAGCUGCUGCUGGAGCUGCUGCUGGAGUUGGUACUGCAGUUGCCACUGAGGUUGCUAUUGGAGCUAUUGUUGGAGCUGUAGCUGGUCCGGUGGGAGCUGUAGUGGGAGCUGGACUGGGUCUUGCAGUUGGAGCAGCAGUUGGAGCUGGAGUCCAUUUUACUACUGUUGCUAAACUGAAGAAGCAGGCAUGUGCUACACAUUGACAAUCAAUCACUCAGCAGCAUCCAACUCACAUUAACAUGAUCAAAGGAGUCCUGUGCACCGAUAUUGUGAUUAUGUGUUGUUUACUUUUCACUAAAUCAUCAAUCAGUCAAUAAAGUUUAUAAUUUCAUUGUUAAUGAAGUUACUGUAGAAGACACUGAGUUGGAUAUCUGAUUUAAUAUAGUAAUUCAUACUGUAUCAUUCACUGUUAUUAAUAUGAAACUAAAAUAUUUUUAAUAGCUGUGAAAUGUAGUUCUAAAAGAAGACCUGAACGAGAUAUGAAGAACGAAAGAAACUCACUAAAACAGAAAAUUAGAAAUGUGAAUUAAAAAUUACACAAUGUGCA